AUGCCGCCGCGCAAGACCACCACGCGCAUCGUCGCGGCAGCCGCGAUAACGGCGCUCCUUUUGCCUGCGGGGGCCCUCGCCCAGGCCCACGCGCCGCCGCCGCGCGCCCGCGCGGCCCCGCAGCGCUUCAAAUCGCAGACGCCCCCCGCAGACAUUCCCGCACCCCAAAAGGCCCCCCCUCAGCCCAGCGCGGCGGAGCAGACCCCCCCUGCUGCGAAGCCACCACCUGCAACGGAGGCCCCGUGCGACGAGGCCGCCCUGGACGCCCGGCUCGCCGAGGUGCUCGACGAGCUCGCCACGAUCGAGGCGAACAUCGCGGCGUACAAGGCCGCGAACGACGAGCUGGAGCGCAAGAUCGGCGUCGAGCGCGGGCGCAUGAAGUCGAAGACGACCCUCCUGGGCGCGGUGCGCAGCGAAGUCGCCGCCGCACGCAAGCGCGGGCGCGACGCUAGUGCACUGACCGCGUCGUUGGAGACUGAGGCGCGGCAGGUCGAGGCGGAGCUGCAGGAGCUCGAGGCCGUGCACGCCGACGUCCGGGAGAUCCUCAACAUGGAGUCGCACCACCGGCUCCUGACGGGGCAGGUAUCGGAAGAGGCCAAGACCAGGAUGGCGCAGCUGAAAGAGACGCUCGCUGAGGCGAAGGCGGCCGCGCUGAAGGACGAGACGAACCUGCAGGUGCAGACUGGCUUGAAGAAGGACAAGGAGGAGGCAGCGGCCAAGUCUUACAUGACGUGCGACGGCGAGGUGGCGCAGCUGGAGCAGCAGGGCGCGGAGGGCGCGAGCGAGGAGGUGCAGCAGAAGCUGUACAAGGUCUUCAAGAAGCGCGACGCCGCGGCCGCGCGCCUCGACGCCGCGCGCACGGCCUACUCCGCGGUGUUCAGCAAGGCCAGGGAGGUCGCGCGCCGCCAGAUGCCCGCGCAGGCGCCCGGGGCCGGCGCGCUGGGGAGGGCCCGCGAUGUCCUGGCCGCCGGCGUGCUCAAGGUGGAGCGCCUCCUCGUGGACGCGAUCGGGUGCGUGCCGCCCAAACGCGACGUUUGA